AUGUCACCCACGCCGCCCUCCACAACCCCAUCGAGCGGAAGCGCUCAUUCACCCGACUUUAGAAUCAUCCGCAAACGUAAUCGAGUCCCGCUCUCAUGUGCUCCUUGCCGCCACAGGAAGUUAAAAUGCAAUCGAUCCAACCCGUGCGAAAAUUGUGUUAAACGGGGGGAUGCGCAUUCCUGUUCAUACGCCCAAGUGAGCGCCCGGAAGAAGAAUGUACAGCAGCAGACGGCACCGACUUCGCCAGAUGAUAUGCAAAAUCGCAUUGAUCGGCUUGAGGGCCUCGUUUUGUCGUUGAUGACGAAUGGUGCACAAUCUGCCGGGCCCACGGCUGCUAUGGCCACGAUCUCUGGAGAUAGUAGUGCGGGGUCCGCGGGGCUCUCCCAUGAGCUAGACCUUGAUGAGGAUCUUCCCGAAGGUGCAGAGGAGAGCGAUACGGAGCAAGUGACGAAAUCCUUUGGUGUGAUGAAAAUGGACAAUAACAAGUCCUACUACAUCAGUGAUGCACACUGGGCUUCUGUAUUAAACGAUAUCACCGAGGUACGGAAUUUCUUCGCGACACAUAAAAAACAAUUUGAAGAGCAGGCAGAAAAGAUCAAGGUAGCUCGUCCAGAGACUGGUGUCCCUGAGUCAACGCUACUGUUCGGGUCUAUGAAGCCUCUUACUCGGCCAGAGAUUAUGGCUUCUUUGCCCUCAAAAUACAUGACCGAUCUUCUUGUUGCUCGUUACUUCAACAGCUAUGAUCCUGCUACACAUAUCCUUCAUGGACCAACAUUCCAAGCACAAUACAACAAACAUUGGGAGGACCCAUCUCGAACUGAAAUGGUAUGGAUUGGUAUGCUAUUUGCCAUGAUGAGACUGGCUAUGCUUUCAUAUCACCGAGAAGGCGAUGAGGCUCCUGAGUUUAGAGGCAAGGCCUUGGAUAUGGCCAACUCCUUCCGUAACUCGGUUGCAGAAUGUCUGACUUUGGCUGACUACACAAAACCGCACCGAUAUUUGAUUGAGUGCCUAGUUUUCCAUUUGCAUGGUGACUUCUCGCAAACCCGAGAAGCAGAUGUGUCCGUGUGGGUUUUGACGGGCGUGAUUGCACGUCUGGCGAUGCGAAUGGGAUUCCACCGAGACUCGAAACCAUUCCCCAACAUAACACCGUUCCAAGGCGAGAUGCGACGCCGGGUUUGGUCCUUUGUUCGCGUAGCAGAUGUAUUGUUUUCGUUCCAAGUUGGCAUGCCAAGCAUGCUCCGGGCUGCCGACAGCGACACAGCUCUUCCGCUGAACCUGUAUGAUGAUGACUUUGACGAAGACUGCAAAGAGCUACCACAACCUCGCCAGCUGAGCGAGCCAACAUCCAUUUCGUAUCUGAUAACCAAAGCUCGUCUUGUUUACGCUUUUGGUCGCGUCAACGAGCAUGCUUCGUCUAUUUCCAAUGCCUCUUACGAUAAAACCAUGGAGCUUGAUGCCGAUCUUCGGCACGCCAGAGAUUUGAUUCCUGACCACCUGCGUAUCCGUCCGAUAGAAGACUGCCAACUGGAUCCGGUGCAACUGAUCAUGUCUCGCUACUCAAUGAAUAUGGUAUAUCACAAGGCGCAAACUGUGCUGCAUAGACCAUACCUCGUGCGGGCGCGGGAAAACCCCCGUUUCACCUAUUCUCGACGAACAUGUAUUGACUCAGCCAUGGAAAUGCUCGGAGUUCAGUCUAUCCUUCACACAGAAACGCGGAGUGGACGUUUACGCGGCCGCUCAAACCUAGUAACAUCGCUCAGCUCCGCAGACUUCCUCUUAGCUGCGUCAAUUGUCAGUCUUGAUCUACAUCAAGGUUAUACACUCCAAGCGGCAGGCCGACCAUCUGGCGACACAUAUACUUGGGGCCAUGAGCGACGGGACGAGAUGACCGCAGCAAUCCAACGUUCGAAAGAGAUAUGGGACGAGGUGCGUGAUGAGAGCAUGGAAGCCUUCAAAGCCAGUAGCAUACUUGGCGUGAUGCUUGGAAAGCUGCACAGCAAUAUCCCGGGGGUUGAGAACAGUACCGGAAGUAGCAUGUUCGAGCCACAAGAUGAGAAGCAGAACGCUGCCAUGACACUAGGCCUGCUGAGUAGCGGGAUGAGCCCAAUGAACACGGGCAUGUCUCCAUUUUCAGAUCCAGCCAUGAGAAUGACUGACUCUCCAAUGCCUACAGGCGUGGGCAUGGGCGCGGGCGCGGGCGCCUCAGCUGAAAUACUGGGUGGACCCCUUUCACCUUUCAGCAGCAUGUUCGGCCAGAUGCCGGACAUGCAGGCCAACCUUGAUUGGGAGGCUUGGGAUACAUACAUCCAAAACCCCAACUUUGGGGCAUCAAAUCAAUUUUGGCCCAUGAUGGACCCCUCAGGCCAGACAGUGCAACCCGCUGGACUGACACAGCCUCAGAUACCCAGUUCACUUGGAACAUCACGAGCACAAAACGGAAUGCCGACUACGCAGAACGAGAUGGGUGCCGGGCGAGUACCGAGCAUUCACUGCGUCGAGCCUCGUCACGGCUUUGUUCUCCCUCAGUGUCAUCAUCUCGACCAAGAUGCGAAAUCUCCCUCCGAUCUCACCCUGAUGUCUUCGCAUCUCACCACUUAUAUCUUUCCGCUCAUGUGCGCUGGAACUCUACAAAUGAAAACCAGCAACCAUCCGACCUGCCAGAAAAAGAUGCACCAAGACCUCGAAGGGGAGGAGGGCUUCUCAAAUUACAAAUACAUACCCAAAUCCAAGACCCAGACGAACGAAGAAGAAGCCUCAGCAGAGAAUGCCAUCGACUACGACGAUUUGUAUGCGAGGUCAAAAGCCGCGGAUCAGGAAGUUCAACAAGGCGAAGGGAAAAGGGUAUCGCGCUACAAGGGCCUCGAUGAUUGGGCCGAAAAAUCACUGGCCAAGACCCCAUACCAACGGCUCAAGUCUGAGUUCAACCCCCCGAGCGAGAUGGUCUACGUCGGAAAUCUGUUCUUCGAUCUUACGGCAGAAGAUUUGAGAGCGCAUUUUGAGCAGGCUGGUACCGUGCUGAGUGCGACUGUUGUAUUCGACCAACGGGGAGUAAGCAAAGGAUUCGGCUAUGUCCAAUUCGAGAACCUUGAAGAUUCACACAAAGCCAUCAACAACGAUGAACUGAGCCUUCUUGGUGGCCGUCUCCUCGUUCGACACUACGCCCGCGGCAACCCACCAGUGAAGGAAUCCGAAAACCCGCCCACCAACACACUCUUCGUCGGUGGUCUUCCCUACGAACUCACAGACCGUGAUCUGCAAGACUUAUUUGAAGACGUGCAUGAGGUUCUCGAUAUCCGGAUUCCAGUGGACCGGCGCUCGGGUGUCCCGCGUGGCUUUGCGCACGUGGAGUUUGAGAAUAUUCAAACUGCCAUGUGGGGCAAGGAAGUGCUGGCACGCAAGGCUCCGUAUGGUCGGAAGUUGAAGGUCGAGUUUACAAACCGUUUGAGGGUGGGGAUGAUGCACGCGGAACGAUUGCCUGCUUUGUGGGCUGAGAGAGGCGUCGGAAAUUACAGGGCCGAACGCGAGAAGGAGGAUUCUUUGGCAAGUGUAGCUCAUGAAAUGAAGCUUGAAAGGCAGCGGAGUGCCCGGAAUGACCGGACCAACACUGAGCACUAG